AAAGAAGAGAGAGAGAGAAGAUGGAAGAAGAAAGCGGAAAGCUAAGUAUAUACAAAGCAGCGAGAAGCAUAAAGCGGAGAGAGAACAACCUAUACAACGCAUUGAGAUCGAUAUACGAUGAUUCCAUAUUUGUGGGUGAGAUCUCUGAGCUGUGGCCUCAGCUGCCUCUUGUUGCAAACCUCCGUUGCGGGCUUUGGUACCAUCCUCGCUUCCAUGCCACCUGUUACUUCAAGUCCACCGACGGCCAUUCCAACAAUUGUUCCUUCAAUACCUCUCGCCUCAAUCUCCAUCUCGCUCUUCUCGCUGCCUCGAAGGGAGGGUGCAUGAUUGUUGAUUCUACUCGCAGAGGGAAGCGCUUCCCUGACAGCAUGUCCAGAACUAUACCCAUCUGGACAUGUAUUUUAAAUCGCGCCAUUAUGGAUUUCAAGAACCAAUUAAACGAUGAGUCUUCUUCUGAGUGGGAUUGCUCUUUGCAUCUCCCUCUCUGGGUUCCCGAAACAGAGAAGGCUUCCAUCGAGAAGCGUUUAGAUGAAUGGACACAACAACUGAAAGCCAGUGGUGCUGAUAUUGCUUCCAUUGCCGCAGGCUUGAGGAAACCCCUGCGCCCUCUAUGGAUUUCUCAAAAGAGUGUUAUCUGGUUAAAUGAAGUACCUGACCAUGAUUCUUGGGAUUUCACACCCAUUAUACUUGUCUCUGCGUCUGCAUCUUCGUCGGGUGUAAACCAACACAGGACUACCUCUGAGUUUAGCUGGAAUUACAUACCUGGUGCUGGAGAUGAUGAAGAAAGCUGGGCUAGGGGUUUAACUCCUAUUCUCUUUUGGAAUCAUGUUUAUGAUAUUAUAAACUCAGGUCCUCAUGUAUGUAAUCCCAAAGUUGCGGAUAUAGUUGAAAAGAAUAGGGUAAACCGAGCUUAUAAGGGAGAAAAUGCGCCACAAAUCUCAGUUAAAUCUUCCAACUCACCUUGUCUUUCCCAUCAAGAACCAUUGUCUACCACUACUGCCGAUAUUUCAAACAUUCAAAUUAACACCGACUCUUCUCAUCACGAUUUGAGAAUAUCUUGGUUAGGAUCAACUAAUAUGGCACUUGGAACAUCUCAAAUUGCUGCAGAUUCCGCUGACAUUGAUUGCAUACUGAAUUGUGAUCGCGAGUCCAUCUCUGUCUCUAUUCCCAGUGCGGAAGCAUACUUGCAUCUCCCAACUCUAAGUUCAAAGUUUGAUCGUUUUUCCUUGUUCAACAAUCUACAUUCGGCGGUGAACUUUGCACAGUUGAAUCUCAGCCAGGGAAAAAGACUUCUUGUUUGUUGUGAUAACGGGGAAGACAUUAGUGUAUGCGUUUGUCUAGCCAUUUUGAUGUCCUUAUUUGAUGAAAAAGGUACUUACGAUGAUGGGAAAUCAUUUAGUGUGACACGCGUCACUAAAUGGGAUAUGCGGCGUAGGCUCGUAUAUGUAUGUAAGUUUGCAACAAAUGCUCGACCAUCCAGAGGAAAUUUGAGACAAGUUUUUAACUUUCUUAUUGGUGGAAAUGGCGUACAACAAUCCCCCAUAGACGAGUGAUUCCCCCCCCCC